AUGGGUGGAAAGGUUUGGUCUGACAAUGAGGAACGUGUUUUCUGGCGUAUCAUUGUGCCCCAGUCUCAGAAACGUAUCGCUACUGGCCCUGCGCAUACCAAGACUUGGGAGGAACUCGCCCCACUGAUGCAGUCCUUGAUGGGCGUCAAUGCCAAACGCACCUACACCCACCUCGGUCUAUGUAAGUCGCCCAUAACUCGUCCGCUUCACUGUGCUAACAUACACCAAGUCGAGCAUUUUUUCCAGAACAUCGACAAGGCCCGAGUCUCGCCUAACGCUGGCGUUUUUGUGCGCGAGUACCAACAGGCUGUCAAUAGAAACCUGAAGGCCACGGAGGAAGAGAGGGCUGACAAGGCUAAGGUCGACGGCCAAGGGGAUGACGCAGCGUCUAUGGUUAACGUGUACCAGGAAAACGACUGCCAAGAUGGAACCAACCUCAGCUAUUGCCCUAGCGAGGUGGCUGAUGGCGUACACCAGUGCGCAGAUGACUUUGAGGAUGAGGAGGGUGACAAGGAGAACCGGCCUCUCGAUGGAUCCCCAGGCGAGCGUGUCCGUUACCAAGCUCCGCCCCAAUACCGUCCUGCCCCCGAGGCUGACAUGGGUCUUGACAAUGAGUAUGGUCAAGGCAUACCGGUCCGGACAUCUCCGCCCGUCGAGCGUUUAAUUCUCGAGGAAAUCCGACAGCCUCACGAUCGGGGUCUCGCUGCCAAUAUGAACUCGUACAAUGAGGUAUCUGAAAUGCAGAUUCGGUCGCCCGUCGAGUACUCGCCUUACGAGAGUGCUCCCUCAAGGGCUCUGAAGCACCGAAAUAACCACCGGGCCCACCCGUACGCAGAUGUUAGACCUCAGCGACAUGGCCGAAACGCAAAGAAGGGUCACGGCCGUGUUCAUUCUCAGGCUCUCCAAGGGAACAACGCCUACUACGCAGCACCGAGCUCUUACUGUUCGUCUCCUGGUUACUAUACCCCGACUGGGUUUGGCUGUCAUGUCCCUCCGAUGGAGUACUAUGACUACGGGUACCAUGGCGAAAAUUUCCAUCCACAUUCUGAGUAUCACAAAAAUCCGCAGCACGCUCCAAGCCAUCCGAUGGUCUUCUACGACCAAGCUCCUGGCCAUUUUCACGGCCCAUACGGCUAUGAGCCUUGUCAUCCAACACUUCAUGGAUUUGGCGACUCCCGGGAUUGGAAGUUUCCCGGCCGCAACUCUUCUGCCAUGGAAGCCAACUAUGAAAUCCCAGAGAGUCGUGAUUUCUCGUGGACCAGCUACAACGAUCGCAGUUAUGGCUUGAUGGAGGGCGAGUAUCCAAGCCCCAAGAGUCGCUCUUCCACUGCCCGCGAUCACGACUCUUUUACCCCGGGGAACAUUCAGCGGCCUGCGUCUUCUGCUUCUGAUAGUCAGUCGCCUGUACUUCAAGCUCGUUACCAGGCCAGACACAGCGGCAGCUACACGGAGAGCCCCCAGUUGCCAGCGGAGGAGCCCAAGAGACAAUUGGUGGCUACACGCGACAAAGAGUUUGAGCCUCCCAAGACCUCCGACUGGCGCCAGGCGUAG